AUGGGAAGGAGGCAGGAGGCUCGCCUUUGGUUGAGGCUGAUUGUUCUCUCCUUGGUCAACCUCCCACACCUGAAUUCGGCAGCAACAUUCCUGAGGGCCUUCAUUAUGACCCAGCUGAGCAGCGGCUUUUUCCAUUCGCUGUUCAACUCCAUCAAUAUUAUGUGUGGCGUGGGCCUUUUAGCAACACCCUACGCUAUUGCGCAGAUGGGCUGGAUCAGCUUGCUGCUUCUUAUUGUUCUAGGUUGUAUAUUUUUGUACACUGGAAAGCUGCUCGGCAGAUGCAUGUCCAAGGCACCAUGGAUCCUGACGUACCCCGAUAUUGGGGAGUAUGCGUUUGGCAGAAAGGGGCGAGUGUUCGUUGCUAUCCUGCUCUAUGCUGAGCUGUACCUCAGUGCUGUGGAGUUUCUGAUCAUGGAGGGGGACAAUCUGUCAGCUCUGGCCCCAAACUUUAAGCCUUUUGGCGGAAUCUUUGGGUCAGCAAAGCAGUCAUGGGUGCUGGUGGCGGCAGCCCUGAUGCUGCCCACGGUCUACCUGCGAAACUUCAGCCUGCUCGCCUACUUAUCAGCAGCUGGAGUCUUCACGGCUUUUUCCCUGACUGGCCUCGUUGGCUGGGAAGGUUUUUCUCUUGGCUUCCCACACACGGAUGCACCAAUUCUUCGUGGCAGGGGCGUCCCUCUUUCGAUCGGGCUUCUGUCCUACAUCUAUGGGGGCCACAGCUUGUUCCCAUCGCUCUACACUGCCAUGAAGAACCCGAAGCAGUACCCCAGAGUGCUGGACUUCACCUUUGCCAUCGUUUGUUCCUUGUAUGCCGCCAUGGCUGUGCUUGGCUACCUGGCCUUUGGCGAUGAUGUGGAGAGCAAUGUUACGCUCAGCAUGCAGCACAGAGUUGCUCAUGCAAUCCCAACCCAUCUGGCCACAUGGAUCACCAUUCUGUCUCCGUUCACAAAGUAUGCCCUGGUUCUGGCUCCCAUAGCCUCCGCUAUUGAGGAGGUGCUGCCUGCCACUGCCUCUACUGUACAAUACAAGCCCUUGCCUGGGGAACCAGAUGAAGCACGAACCCUCCAAAGAACGGCACUGGUUGCCAGCACUGUUGUUAUUGCCUUGUCGCUGCCAUUCUUUGCCUACAUGGCUGCCCUUAUUGGGGGUCUCUUCGGGCUGUCGGUCUGUGUGGUCGUCCCAGCGCUCUUUUUUCUGCAAAUGUCAAACGGGUGA